CGGGAAGCCAACCUGGUCUCUUCACUACAUUUUCUGUGAAAACACUUCUUGGGUUUACAACUAACUUCGAAUCUGCAGCUUCCGAAGAAGAAACAGUGCUCAAAGCGUUUCGACCUUUGCACACCAAUAUAAACGCUCUUGCUAACACCUGGCAUGAGAGGAAUGAUAAUGAUUGUAAUGACGACUCAGAAAAUGAGCGCGGGGUGAAUAGUAGCAGUGGCCAAGCCGAGCCAACGACUUGCAGGCAAGCUGACGCUGACCUGGGACUGGAGUUUGCGGAACAAAAUGAGUUACUUCUUCACCAUUUAAAGUUUGUACAGACUUCUUUGUCUGAAUCUGACAGUGAGGACAAGGAUGCUAUUCUUGUACAAGGUACUCUGGUUCAUGCAACAAGUGAUACAGAAUCAGACACAGAGAGUAAGGACCUAGACACUGAUGAAAACAAUACAAGCGAAUCUGGGCUAAAUAAUGUUGGCUUGUCUACUCAGGCUUUGGACAAUAACAAUGAAAAUAAAGAAGAGUCAGAAUCAGAAGGGCACAGCAACAAUGAUGCCACUGUGGGUACAGAUGACAUUGAGUUACACCCACCAAUUUCUAAGCAGCUCCCGAAAGAGCUGGAUGGUAUUUUGGAGCAUGACUCCAAUGGAAAACACAGAAUGUUAAUGGAUGAGCAGUUCAGUCGCUUGCUUGCUGCAGGGGAAUGCCCUCAGGAACUUCCAGAUGAAGAACAAAGACCUUCAGCUGAUAAUACAUCGCUCCAAAAAACUGCACUGGCUGAAAAGACUUUCCAGCUGCCUGCUUUCUUUAGUGGACUACGUGUGAGGAAAAAGGGACUAACCACAGAGGAUGGGGAAACUGUUACAGAAAUUAAACCAAGGGAGAAUGAUUUAGCUCUGCUUAAAUUACGACAGCCUGUUAAGAAAUCCAGUAUUACAUCAGGUUUGACCACUAAAAAAAAAUCGGCUGAACCUAAAGCAAGUCCUACUUUCCUGGAACAACUCUCUCACUUGUUAAACAUAGACGUCUCCAAGAAUGAAGAUAGAACCGAGGACUCUGGUGAGGGAUCUGGAGAGACCGAGGAUAGUGAUGAAGCUCAGGAGAUCAAAGCCUCCAGUAGAACAGAACCACGAUUUCGCUCUGAGGAAGUAAAAUCAAGCCCCGCUGAAUCUGCACUGGACGUCUUUAAAGCGUUAUUCACACGGCCUCCCAAAAAAGAAACAACUGCAGAUACUUCAGAGCUGGAAGCUAUAAAACGCAAAAUGAGAAAUGAAAAAGAGUCCUUGAAAGCUGUAUUUGAAAGGUCAAAAUCAAAACCUGGGGAUGGACCAUCAGACAAAUCUCCCGACCUGAGUCCCUCAGAGCAAGAUGACAAGACUCCAGGGAGACUCCAGACUGUCUGGCCGCCACCGAAAGCAAAGCAUGAAGAAGUAAAAGUAGGAUUAAAGUACACAGAAGCAG